CCUUGAGAAUCCAGGCUACUCUCAUUAUCUAAUGAAGAUAGUACCUAUGACUUUUAAAGGUUCCUCAGAGAAGUGUGAUACUUUUCUUGUAGGUAUCUAGCUGAUUUCUUGAAGGUGGUUCUGUCCUAAGGUAAUACCAGUCUUUCGCAGUUGCGAGCAGUGGGAAAAGCAGCCCCCGCUUUUUAGUGUUAAGUAUGAAGGUUCUGGAUAAACACGUCAAAAGAAAAAACCGUGAAACAACAAAAGGGAAGAAACUAAAGCCAAUUCAACUCUAGGUCAGCUAUUAACUAGCGGAAGUAUGUUAAUAAUCGUCACUAGGGCAAACACGCCUGGAAUCAAGACCCAGAGCCUGAGGGUCCCAGGCUGCCCGCAGAAGCGGACUCGCUGGAACACACCGCAAAGAUCGCUGCGCAGGCGCAGAAAGCGGCCGCGCAGGCGACGGGGCGUACUGCGCAUGCGCACCUGCCUGGAGAUAAGUGGCCUAAUUUUCACGCCCUCUGGUUCCGUCCCCUGAGCGACGCGCCCCGACGGUGUUGCCAUGGGGACCUAGCGGCCUCAGCCAUCCUGUGGCUGCGCAGGUGGCCUCGUGGACUCUUUGGGCCAUGCGGCGGCGAGAGUACGAGCGUCAUAACUUCCAGUAAGAACGGUCAGUAUGGCCGGGAAGCAGUGGAGCUUGGGUCGCUGCCUGCAUUUCUUCGGGCUGGCCGUCGUCUUCGACACAGUGGGCUUGGGGAUGCUGCUCACUGGCGUCUUCUUGGACCUGGCCUUCUACGACAUGCUGGUCUACCUGGGCUCCAGCACCAUCUUUCUCAGCCUCCUCUGGUGGGCUUCCUGGUACACUGGCAACAUCGAGCUGCCCUCGGAAGUGGCUUUGAAGGACUCCUGUAUGCCCUCUGCCUGCGUCGUGGAGGCUCUGCGCCAGAGCGCCAGCCACCGCCUUUCUGUGAGCAUCCAGAACAUCUCCGCCAACUGGCUGAUGCAGCCGCGGCGCCGUCGGAGGACCCUUCGGAAAGAGGCGUUCCUGACCAUGCCUGUCUCCGUCCACGUAGAAGAACAGCUGGGAAAAAAGAGCAGGGACAAAGAUGGAGAGGAAGGGGUCAAGGGGAGCGAUGCCUCUCAAGACUUUGGCAAAGAAGAUCUGGGUCCCAAGCCUGAAGGUGACAAAAAUUCAGAGAUCGUUGGCUCCCCAGUCUCGGAUGCCCAGCCGCCGUCCAUCGAGCAACUGCCCCCCACCCAUCCAGAGUGGCCCGUGUUGCCUCUUCACCAGCCUGUGCCUUCAGUGCCUUCCAUCCUCCAGACCUCUAAGAGCCUGAUUGUAGCUCCCUCCAUCUCUGCUACACACCCUGUAGCCAUUUGUACUUCUGAGAGCCGGCCUGUGGUUUCUUUGGCCUCUAACAGCCAACCUGCUGUCCCCAUGGCCUCUCAGAGCCACCUCCAGGUCCCUGCGGUCUCCCUGAGCCAGCCCCUGGUGCUUGUGACCUCACAGGACUCGCUGCAGAAUCUUCCUAGGGCCUCUCAAACUCAGCCUCCACCACCUAGUUCGAUUUCUGUAACCCAGUCACUGGCUACCCAGGUCCAUGUAGGGCAGUCUCUAUCUGCCCAAUCCUUUCCUAUUGUGGAUCCACAGGCCUCUCAGGCUGUCGAAGACCUGCACGCCCUACUUCAAAUGCAGCAGGCCAUCCCAAGCACAUCUGUAGUGCAGGAGAGUUCCUUAAGUCAAUUUUCAAGUGUCCUGAAGGUUCCUGAGAUGCCAGUUGCUCAGGCUGUUGAGGCUCCACGACUACUACCCAGCCAGAAACCAUGUCAGGAACCAUCUGCCCUGGCCACCACAUCAUCUGCCUCUGAGGCUUCAGCUUCAGCCACUGAUACCCAGCGGUCCGUCUCCACUGUCAAUGUUCCAGCCUCCGUGGCAGCGAAGAAAAGUCACCCUCUCUACUAGGGACCAGACCCCAGCCAUUGGAGUGGCUGCUCAAGCCGUUGCCACAUGUGGAGUUACGCCAUGUUAUCCAGGUUGAUCUGCAAAUACUGGGUUCAAAAGACCCUCUCACGUCAGUCUCCUAAAGUGCCAGGAUUACAGGCAUGAGCCACCAUGC